AUGCCACUGACAGCAGCUCAAAUACAAUCCCUACACGACUCACCAGAUCCAUUUCCUAGCCUCGGAGAUGACAGCUCAUCGAAGCCAGCGGCAGCGGCAACGACUAAACCGAUGCAGAAGGAAAAUGUGGAUCUAAACUCGGAGUCUGCAUUUCCUAGUCUACCAACAGCCACGCCAAAGCAGCCUUCAGGUGCCUGGGCUAAGCCAGUAAUACAAAGAUCCAUCUACCAAUCCACAUACACGAUCCCACAGUCACAGCUUCUGAACGCUAUAAGCAACCAGAAGUCAAGACAGUCACCAAAGACUAUCUCUGAGCUCUUUAAGAGAGUUUCUAGUGCGUUUAAUGUUAACGUAGACAGCUCAACGACUUCACAAACUAAGCAAACAACUUUCUUUGUAAAAGGACAGUCGCAGAAGUCUGUUAAUGAGGCUAUUGCUUAUCUUACAAGCACCCUAUCAACUAGAAUUACUAUCACCGUUGAAAUUCCAAACUCUUCAAGAGCUCUACUCAUUGGUCCAAAAGGAUCCACCCUUAAAUCCAUCACUGACUCCACUAAAACUCGCAUUCAAGUUCCUCCAAAACCGGCCUCGGAAUCUUUACCAAAGACUUCAAAUUCUGAGGAUUCUGAUCAAGACAGCGAAGACGACUACUCCAUCCCUAUCACAAUCGAAGGUUUAGAAGAUUCUAUUCAAUUGGCCCAAGAGAAAGUUUACGAUAUCAUUUCUCAAGUCAUUAAGUCAUACACCAAGCGUUUCACUUCUAUACCUUCUUCAUUCUACCCUUUGAUUGCUUUAAAAUCAGCUCAAAUAGAGCAACAAUAUGCAGUUACUAUCACUAUUCCCUCACAAGCUAGAUUGCGCGCUAUUGCUCAUCAAGCUAUUGGUGAAGAAUCCGAUAUUAAUGAGAAUGAACGCAUCAAACAAUCAGCUAUCGUCAUUAAGGGUGAAAAGUCUGCUGUAAAGGCUGCUAUUCAAUCUGUCGAGAGAGUCUACAACGAUUGUCAACGUACAACCAAAACCAUUUCCAUCCCAAUUCCCAAGCGUCAACAUCGCACUUUGGUUGGUGUUAUUGGUGACGAAAUUUUAGAAAAGACUCAAUGCAUUGUCGAAUUGCCAGCUGCUGAUGAUAUUUCGGAGACGUGUACUAUCCGCGGUCCUCAACUGAAAUUGCCUGCUGCUUUGCAAUUAGUCAUGGAAAAAGCUAGUACAUUGGCCGUCGAAAUUGUUGAUUUGCUCUCAGUCCACAGAGUCAAGACUGAUUUAAACUAUGGUGUCAACGUUUUAAGAUACCUUCUGCGUGGUGGUAAAUUAAACAAAAUUGCUGAUGCUUAUCCAGGUGCAAAGAUUUAUCCUCCAAGAUCUGCAUAUAUAGAGAAAUCUCAAACUGUCAUCAUUGAUAUCGUCAGUUCAGAUUCAUCAGCUGCUAUCAGUGCCAGAGAGCAGGUUGAGAAGUUGGUAUUUACAAUCCCACCAUCAGCUGUCACGUCAGUAGAGAUUGACCAUCUCCUUCACCGCCACUUGUUCGGUAAGCAGGCUCGUCAACUCGAAGACACCAAGAAAAUCACUCUUAUGUUCCCACAUGAAUCUGAACAGCACGAUGAGGUUGGUUUGAUAUAUACCGGUGCUUCGGAAUUAGGAUUGGAUGGCAAGGCAUUAGACAACAAGAUUGGUGAAAUUGUUCAACAUGGUGUUAACACUGUUCUUGAUUUGGCAAAAGCUGCAUCAAACAUCACCAUUCAAAUCGUCAAAGUUGAUCCAAAGUUCCACAAAUCAAUCGUCGGUCCAGGAGGUACGACACUCAAUGCCAUUAUUGGUGAGGAUAAAUUGGUAGAUGUUCAGCUCGGUACAAGCAAACCAACAAACCGCAACAACUCAAAGAAGGAGAUUAACGAGGAUGAAAUCUCGGUUCGUGGACAAAAGGAAGAAGUUGAUAGGGUUGUUGGGGAGCUCAACAGAAUUGCAGAUGAAGCUGAGAACCACCAUAUCGUUUAUGGUCAUGAAACUGAAAUAUCUAUUAACAGUCAAUACGUGCCACACAUUGUCGGCAAGAACGGAUCCUCAAUAACAAAGUUGAGAGAAUCACUCGGCGUUCAAAUUGACAUUACCCAGCGUCAACCUAACGAUAACUUGAAGAAAUCACCACAAAAGGCUACCAUCAAACUUGUCGGACGUAAGGAGAACGUUGAAGAAGCGACGCGUAGAUUGAAUGGAUUGGUUGAACAAUUAGCUGAUCAAACUGCCGAGAAAUUGACAAUUGCUCGUCAAUACCACGCAUCUCUGAUCGGUACAGGUGGUAAAUAUGCCACGAGAUUGGAAGAUAAGCAUGGUGUCAAGAUUACAUUCCCAAAAUCAUCCAAUGAAGAGGAACCUUCCGAUAUUGUUACUGUCAAGGGUGGCAAGAAGGGUGUUGCACAAGCUAAGGCUGAAUUGUUGGAGGCUUUAGAGUUCGAAAAGGAGAACAACAACACGCUGAACAUUUCAAUCCCUUCAUCAUCAAUUGCUAGAAUAGUUGGUAAAGGUGGACAGCAAAUCAAUGAGAUUAAGGAGAGCAGUGGCGCUCAAAUUGAUUUCGACAGAUCAACCGAAUCUCAACAAAAAGUUACUAUCAAUUUGAGAGGAACAAAGAAAGCAAUCCAAGUUGCUAAGAGUGAUAUAUUGGCAAUCAUUGAUGAACUUAAUGCGCAGCAGAUAAUUAACAUCACCGACAUUGAUGGCAAGUACCACAAGUCAAUCAUCGGUCAAGGUGGAUCGAAACUGCGUGAACUAAUUGAGAAGGCUGGUGGACCAGCCGACAAUCAAUCACAGUCAGGAAUGGUCCAAUUCCCUAAGCCAAACUCAGAAUCACAGACUAUCGUAAUCAAGGCAGAGAAGAGUUUAGCUGGAGCAAUUGAGACUGAGAUUAGAGGAUUCGUUGCUGACUUGAGUGACAGAAAAACAUACGUUAUAUCAAUUCCAACCGCCUUGCAUGGUGACUUGAUUGGCAGAGGUGGAACAAAGCUGAUGGCCAUGCAAAGGGAAUACAAUGUUAGCAUACAUUUCCCAGGUUCUCGUGACUAUAACAACAUGGAUGCACCAGUAAACGUCGAUGAGUUGGCUGCAGUCGAUCCAGCUACUAUUGUCAAGGUCACUGGCAAGACUACAUGUGUCGAGGCAGCGAUUGAGGACUUGAAGAAGAAAUCGACUGUCGUUAGCAAGACUAUUAAUGUUCCAAACAAGCAUUAUCAUAGCAUGAGUGAAAAUGGACGUUUCUUCCGCGGUCUUAGAUCAUACGGUGUGACGGUAGAUGUAUCAAGCCCACCAGCCAAGACGAAUAGCAGUGGAUUGCCAGAGCCAUCCGAUCUCACACCACCAGAGCCAGUUUCUAGAGUUGACGUUGACGAGGAGGACGAGAUAGCUCAUAAAUGGGAAUCGUAUGAAUUGCAAAGUGGAGAUGAUGACUCGCAGUCUGAAUGGAAGAUCAAUGGUAAAGACGACCAGUCAGUCAAUAGGGCUGUCAAGGCAAUAGAGAAUGCUUUGGAUAGGGUCAAGAGAUCUGAAUACAUCGGAUACCUUGUUUUACAGAACAGAUCAACUUUCCCCAGAAUUGUUGGGAGCAAGGGAUCAGGGAUUGAGCGUAUCAAGAAUGAUAGUGGUGUCCAGUCGCUGACAGUGUCCAAGUCUGAACUACCAUUAAUCACAUUCAUUGGUUCAAAAGAUGCUAUUGAAUAUGCAAAAGAGUCGGUGCUGAACAUCCGACCAGGAAACUCAUACUAG